AAUAGAAAGUGAGGCGCAGAUGGAAAAGAGUAAAGUGAGUUCAAUGUCGUUUACAAAAGAAAAACUCAAGAUUUUAUUUUCCAUUCAUCAUUCACCAUUCAUCAGAUUCAGUAUAAAACGGAUAAUUUUCGUCCAUGUCUUCAGUAAUAUCAGGAGAUUCUGUUACCGAGUAUUUGACAGCUCUUUAAUUUUUGACUUUCAGCACUUUUUCUGAUCUUUGUGUUUUCUUGUCUCACACAUCUACAAUGGCACUUUGGAAAUGUAUCGCUCUGCUGUGUCCGUUUCUGUUUUUCGCCCAAAUUUGUUCAAUGCCAACAAAAUGCAAGCAGAUGGAUCUCGUGGAAACAACUCACAGUCUACUUGAGAAUAUGGGAGGGCUUUUUCCUCGUGAAUGUUUAAAAGAAAAUGUUAAAAUAAGCUUCCCGACAUCUGCACUGCAAUCAAACGACUCCAAUCAGAACAUUGGUGUAGCAAAGGCAGGGUAUAAAAUCAUGGAGCACAUUGACUACCUGUUUGCUAACGACAGUCAUCCAGAAUCCUGGAACCAGAAGAAAGUGGAGGAUUUCCAGAACAUAGUUUAUCGUUUAUGUAUUAUGGGGAGAAAGCACGAGCGACCCGUGGAUGAUCUUCCCACAACAGGAGAUGCUCUGAAAACCUACUUUGAUAAACUGGCCUCUCUCCUCAGAAACAAGGACUACAGUGUGUGCGCGUGGGAGGUGGUUCGAAAGGAGCUCCUGCUUGUUCUUAAACUCACGCUUAACCUGACGUCAUUCUGUAAAUUAUUCUGAGUAGUUGGUCGUAGAUUUAUUUAUUUAUUUAUUAAAUGUAUUUGAUUAUUUAUUUAUUUAUUUGAUUAUUUAUGU